AACUGAGUAUGGAUACAACAUCCUUUCCAUCAACACAAAGAUCGAAUCUAGCCACUCCUGUCCACUCAUCGCGUGUAGAUUCGGCGGCACAAGAUGCUCAGAAUACUACAGAUCGACCCUAUACCAACAUGGGGCAUAUUCAUAUCACAAACUCGAUGAGUACGACGGAUGUUUUUGAAGCGAUUACGACAGCCAAACGAGCUCAUGACACCAGAGCGUUGCGGUCACUUUUAGCCAUGGAUUUUCAUAUUCCCGAAUCUCGUGUAACGGAAGAUUUUGUUGCAUGCAUUCGACACUCGCAACGAAGGGAUAAGUUUCAGAUAUGUUCUACAGUUGAUGCCAAAGGUGUUCUUGGAGAAGAGAUUCAAGUGACUGAUCCUGAGCUGCGAAACAAAUUUGCCGAGUUUGAUCAAACCUUUUGUACGAAUGCAAGAGAGGUGUACUAUGAACAAAAACAAAAAGAAACCAAGAUCGACAAUCGAUCUACUGACAGUGGGGUUCGACAAUGGUUGGUGGGUCAAAUGGCGAAUGAUGGAACUGAUUUGCAGAGUGAGGAUUUUCUUGUUGCCAUGGCACUUUUACAGAUGGAUCUAGUUCCGCAAUCUAAAUAGCACCAGUGCACUUUUGUGGUCGUUUUAUUUUUGGUUAUGUAGUGGAGUAUGAUUUUGAUAAGAGCAUACAGUACCUUUAUUUUCAAUGAAUCUAGAUAUAUAUUUUUG